UGAUAGUUCUGAUGAUAAAUCAGAUGAUGAAUUAGAUAAUAAAUUAAAUAGUGAAAUAAAUGUUGAGUUAGAUAAUGAGUCAGAUAAUGAAUCAAAUGAUGAACUAAAUGAUAAACUAGAGGAUGAAGUAAAUAAUGAAUUAGAUAGUGAUGAGUUAGAUAAUGAAUUAUAUAAAGAAAUUUUAAAUAAUGAAAGUAAUAAUUAUUUAGAUGAUAAUUAUUAUAAUAAUA